AUGGCAGAAUCAUUCCAACAAUUAGGGGUUGGAUCAAAGUCAAAUGAAAGAUCUUUUUUCUCAAAAUUCUUUGGCACAGAUGAUUCACAAAAAGAUUUUGGGCCAUUGCCUGAAAUUGAAUAUAGCGAUGAACAAAGGUUUAAUCCUUAUCCAGCCAUUUAUGAAAAGAAAAACAACAACAACAACAACAACAACAACAACAACAACAACAACAACAACAACAACAACAACAACAACAACAAUAAUAAUAAUAAUAAUAACAAUAGCAAUGGCAAUGGCAAUAGGUCAAAUAGUUCUUUAAAUAAUAGUAAUAAUAAUAAUCAAGUUAGAAGAACUCAUUCACCAAGUGUCUCUAAUAAAUCCGAUGAAAGUAAUACGACAAAUACAAACACAAACAUUACGACAAAUACAAAUAUUACGACAAAUACAAAUACCAAUACAAAUACAAAUAGUACAAAUAAUGACACAAGUUCAAAUGUAACACAACAGCAAUUACUUACAAAUCUUGGUCAAAGUAAAAUUAUUAGUGCAUUAAAAACAAAAUUUCAAAGACCAUUACCGCCUGUUGAUGAUAAAAAAUUUUGGAUGCCAGAUCAUUCAAGUGCAGUUUGUUAUGAAUGUUCAGAAGAAUUUACAACAUUUAAGAGAAGACAUCAUUGUAGAUUAUGUGGUCAAAUAUUUUGUUGGAAAUGUUCACAAAAGACAUUGACAGAUGGUAAAGGAGAAAGAGUUAGAGUUUGUAAUUUUUGUUAUAGAAGAUAUAUGGCACCUGAUGAUUUAGAUAUGGAGGGUUAUCAUUAUGAUCCUAUCACUGGUACUGUUAUAUCAUUAAUAACUAAUAAUGAUGAUGGUACUAAUUUAAAUAAUGGUAAUGGUUUAAUAAAGUUGGAUGGAAGUACUCACAAUAUGAAUGUUUCAUUAGGUAAUAGUGGAGAUAAUAGUUCUUUUGUUCAAUCUCCAAAUAAUAAUUUUAGUCAAUCACCAACAUUUUCUCAACAACAGCAACAACAGCAACAGCAACAACAACAGCAACAGCAACAACAACAACAACAACAACAACAACAAACGACUGGUGUAAUGAGUGGUUUAAAUCCAUUUUCAAAUUCAACUCUAUUAUUUGGUAGAAAUAAUAAUAAUAAUAAUCAACAACAACAACAACCAAUAAUUGAAGAGGAUAAACAAUAUUAUGGUGAUAUUAAUACAAGUUAUAAUAAUUCAUAUUUUAAUAAUAAUGGUUUUAAUAAUUUUAAUAAUGAACAUUAUAAUAAUACCAAUUUUAAUGCUACAAGUUUAAAUUUGAAUAGUCAACUCCAUUCUAAUCUAUUGGCAAAUACAAAUGGUGAACUUUUUUAUGACAAUAGUCAACACAGUAUUAGUAACUAUGGUAAUUUAGACCAUCAUCAACAACAACAACAGAGUAAUAGUCAUGGUAGUUUAAGUGCCACACCUUCAAAUACACCAUCUGGUUUAAUAUCACCAAUUGUGGGUGCUCCUUCAAUUUUAGAUCCAAAUAAAAUGAUUUUCUAUUCAGAUCAAGAGGGAAACUAUGAUAAUUUGGAUGACUAUGAAACAUCCUCAAGCGAUGGUUCAGAUAAUGAUAAUGAAGAUAAUCAUUUGAAAUCAUCUCAUUCCUCAGCAAAUGAUUUAGGUACUAGCAAUACAGUUUCAACAGGUGAGUCUAACUCUGAAUCUAAACUUUCUUCAUCAUCUAAUGAUAUUUCUAUCCAUCAUCAUCACUAUCACCACCAUCAUCAUCAUAGUCAUGGAAAUUUAUUAAAGAGUAAUUCAUUAACACCACUAAAUCUUAAUAAUAAUAAUAUUAUUAUUAAUAAUAAUAAUAUUAAUAAUAAUAACAAUAAUGAUAAUGGUAAUGAUGAUAAUAAUAAUAAUAAUAAUGAUAAUAAUAAUAAUACAACAAUAGAGGUAGACCCAAGACAUUCAAUGCCAUCAAAAACAUCAAAUACCUCUUUUUCAAUGGCAUCAUUACCAUCUAUUUUUAAACUACCAACAAUUGGUAGAAACAAUAAUAAUAAUAAUAAUAGUGGCAGUGGUAAUUCACAAUAUUUAUCAGCAAAUUCAAAUGCAAGUAAUUCAAUUUCACCACCAAAUUCAGCAAGAGGUUCAAGUAGUAAUCCAAAUAGUAUGACACCAACACCAACAUUAUCAUCUUCUUUUUCAAAUUUACCAAAUGCUGAAACUUCACCACCAUCAUUAGUAAAAGCCAAACAACAACAACAACAACAACAACAACAACAACAACAACCACAACCAGUUUUACAACCAACUAUACAUCAUCCUUUAAAAACAUCAUUACCAAUGUUUUCAACUCAAUCCCCACCACCACCAACCAACCAAUUGGCUCAAUCUACAAGUAUGGCACCUCCACCAUCAAUAUUUUCACCAUUGGGUAAAUUACAAGCUCUAUCACACCCAUCGUCAUCAUCAAAUAACCAACAACAACAGCAACCUCAAAUUGUUAAACCAAUUAUUAUAGCACCAAAUUCAUUAUUCUUUAGUGAUCCAUCAAUUGUUUCAUUAAAAAGUCAUCCAAAGACUACAAACAAAACAAAGUUUUUAGAAAAAUAUCCAUUACCAAAAAAAUAUUAUGAAAGUACAGAGAAUAUUAUAGAUACAUUUGGAUUUAAACGUACACCAUCAACAGAAGGUAAUCUCUUAUCACAAAUGUUGGCAACAUCAAAACAAAAAGAAUUUGAUGAAAAAGAAAGAUUAAAAAUUUCAAAUAAUCCACAAAUGUCUGUUUACAUUCAACAUAUAAAUAAUUUGGUUUCAGAACAACUUGAAAAGAAUAAUAUCGAUUUAUCUUGGAGAUCAAUUAUUAUUGAUUUAACAAAGAAAGCAACUGAUAAUGUUAAAAUUUUCGUUAGAAAAGGUGAUAAAAUGUCAACAAAUGAAUAUAUUAAAAUUAAAAAAAUUCCAGGUGGUAAUAAAUCAGAAUGUAAUUAUGUUGAUGGUGUUGUUAUGACAAAGAUAUUAACACAUAAAAAAAUGAAAGAUAAAUUUAUAAAUCCAAAGAUAUUAUUAUUAAGUUGUUCAGUUGAAUUUCAAAGAGUAGAGAAUAAAUUCCUCUACUUUGAUCAAUUAUUACAACAAGAGAAAGAAUAUCUUCGUAUUUUAGUUUCAAAGAUUGCAGAGAGAAAACCAGAUUUAGUAUUGGUUGAAAAGACUGUAUCAAGACAUGCUCAAGAUUUCUUAUUAGAUGCUGGUAUUUCUUUAGCAUUAAAUGUAAAACCAAAACUAUUAGAAAGAUUAGGUAGAUGUUUAGGUGGUGAAGUUUUACCAACAUUAGAUAUAAUUUAUAAUAAUAAUAGUAAUAAUAAUAAUAGUAAUUCAAUUCAAUUACAACAACAACAAAAUUCAAAUUCACCAGCUUCUCUUCAAAAUUCAACAACAACAACAAAUAAUAAUAAUAAUAAUAAUAAUAAUUCAACAACAUUAGGAUCAUGUGGUCAAUUUAAAGUUAUUACAUAUUCAGAAAUUGGAUUAAAAGAAAAGGAAAUAUUAGGAAAGAAAACUUUAAUGUAUUUUGAAAAAUGUCCAGUUGAAUUAGGAGCAACUAUUAUUAUUAGAGGUGAAGAUUUAGCUGUAUUGAAAAUUAUUAAAAAGAUUUUAAAACUUAGUAUUUUUUCCAUGCAUAAUGCAUAUUUAGAAUUGAAAUAUUUAAAUGACCAAUCAUCAACAUCUAAUCUUUUGUUUGUAAAUAAUAAUGGUCAAAAUCUAUCAUGUUCUCCACAAAUUAAAUUCCCAUUACCAAAAACAUAUCCAACCAUACCAUGGAAAUAUCAAUUCACAAGUCAACAUAUACCAGUGAAGAAAGCAUUACUUACAAGUUUUUAUAAACCACAUUCAGAUUUUGGUCAACAACAAUCGGUCAUUCAGUGGACAUCGGAUGAUGAGGUAUUGGGUAUUGGUACAAGUGACGCAUUUAAACAUUGUGAUAUGAAAUUCCCAAUUGAGAAUGAAUCAAUCUAUGAUCAUCAAUCAAUCGUUUUCUCUCAUUCAAUAUUUUGUAAUUCAAAUCAAUGUAUUCCAUUUGAAAUUCAUGCAAUUGAUUAUUACACUGAUAAUGAUUUAACAUUGGGUGAAUUCCUUAGCAAAUUCUGUUUUAGUCUUCAUAUUUGUAAUAUCAAAGAAUGUAAUCGUCCUUUGAUUGAACAUGAACGUACCUUUAUGAAUUCCACCACUCGUAUUAAUAUUUGUGUUCAAAAAACUCAAACCAUUCAAGAUAGACCAACCAAUAGUAGUCCUGCUCAACAAAGAAAUCAGCCAGUACAGCGUGCUGGUAUCAAUGUGAUUAAUCUUUGUAAGAUUUGUAAUAAAUUCUCACCAGAGAGUCCAAUGUCUGAAGAGGCUUGGGAGAUGUCGUUUGGUAAGUUCUUGGAGUUGUGUUUCUUUGGUUUUUUGCCAAUUAAAACUGGUAUCUCUCCGGAAUGCUCUCAUAACAAUGCAAAGGAUCAUAUCUCUUAUUUCUACUAUCAAGAUUUAGCCGCUAUCUUUUCUUAUGAACCUUUACCAUCGUUAGAGUUAUCGUUACCCCCAAAGAAUCUAAAGGCAACCUAUACAGAGAAACAAAGACAGAGUGUACGUGCUAAAGAAUUGGAGAUAAUGAAUCAAUGUGCCAAUCAAGUCUAUAGUGCAAUUCAUGAAAGACUCUAUGAAAUUGGUCAAGAGAAUCAAGGUGAUAGAGUUCAAGAGUUAAUUCCAUCUUUGGUUCAAGAGAAACAAUUGAUUUGUAGUAAAAUUGAAUCAUUAUUACUCUUACCUGAAUCUGCUCAUAAAUCAAAUGAUCAAAUCAUUAAUCUAACCAAAUUAUUGUAUGCUAAUUUUAUGACUUGGAAUUCUCAAUUGACUGGUUUAAUUGAUAGUACUUCUUAUCAACGUUCAAAGAGAAAUGUUCAACAGCAACAGCAACAACAACAACAUCAACAAUCUCAACAACCACAACCUCAAAUUUUAAUUGGUGGUGAUGUUUAUUCUGAUUCUCAUUUACACACUGAUUCUGUUAAAAAAAUUAAUUCAAAACAACAUUCUCACAAUACAAUUUUAUUACAAUCAAUUCAAUCAAAUCAAGAACAACAAUUAGAACAACAAGAAGAAUUUGAAAUUAAUGUUAAUAAUAAUAAUAAUAAUAAUAAUAAUAAUAAUAAUAAUAAUAAUAAUAAUAAUAAUAAUAAUAAUAAUAAUAAUAAUAAUAAUAAUAAUAAUAAUAAUAAUAAUAAUACUAUUGAUAAUAAAAGUGAAAAUGAAAAUGAAAAUAAAAAUGAAAAUAAAAAUGAAAAUGAAAAUGAAAACGAAAAUAAAAAUGAAAAUAAAAAUGAAAAUGAAAAUGAAAAUAAAAAAGAAAAUGAAAAUCAAUUAGAAAUAAAGAAUGAAAAUAAUGAUAGUGGUGAAGAAAUAACAAAUAAUAAUAAUAAUAAUAAUAAUAAUAAUAAUAAUAAUAAUAAUAAUAAUAAUAAUAAUAAUAAUAAUAUUGAUAAUAAUAAUAAUAAAGAUGAAAAUAUAUCAUCAACACCAUUAUUAUCACCAUCAUCAGUUUUAGGUGUUAGUAAUUCAGGAAUUAAUCAAGCAUUUUUAAAUGCACCAAAUAAUACUUAUAAUUCAGUGGAACAAGAUUUAACAUUACCAUUGAAUCAUCAAAGUUUGAAUUUCGCUGUUGGUGGACUUGUUUCACCUGGGUCAUCGAGUGGUGGCCUUCCAGUGGGUUCUGUUCCAAACUCUUCUUCAAUGCCAUCAAUUCAUAAUGGUGGUAGUGGUAAUAUACCAAGUAAUUUAGUUGGAAGUGCAAGUGGAUUAUCAACCAAUUAUUCACCAAAUGCUCUAAAAGAUCCAAAGAAAUUAAAGAUCAUUGAUACUAUCGCUGGUAUAGUUUCAUCAAUUUCACAAACUAGAAUUUUAGGUCCAACCAUGCCUUAUCUCUUAUUAGAAUCAACUGAUAAUGUAGCUUUAUUUGAAAAUGAACCAAGUACAACCAUUGCUUACACUUUAUCAAGUUCAGAUUUUAAAAUUGCUCUCAAUUCUUUAUUGGAUGAAGAAUGGAAAAGAAUUAGUGAAAUUGAAAAACAAUAUGAAUUACAACAACAACAACAACAAGAUUCACAAGAUUUAGAAUCAUCAUCACAACAACAACAACAACAACAACAACAACAACAAGAACAACAAGAACAACCAUCAUUACCAACACCAUCUCAUCCAUUAUCACAAUCAAUGAAUUUUUCACCAUCAUCACUAUUAAAAAUAUCAUCAUCGUCGUUACCUAAAGAUAAUAAUAAUAGCUCUGAAAAUAAACCAAACUCUGAAACAAAUGAUAUAGUUAGAUCAAGAGGAUCAGUUAAAUUAUCAGGUUCACCAAUUUCAAUUUCACCACUUUCAAAUGCAUUUGAAAAGAGAAAAUCAACAUCAUUAUCUUCUAGUGCAAAUAAUUCACCAAUUUCUUCAAUUUUAGAGAAGGAAAAGAAAUUAAAACAACAAUCACCAUCAUUAUCAAAUUCUUUAUCUGGUCAAACUAUUAUUAAUAAUAAUCAACAACAACAACAACAACAACAACCUUCACCAAUUAUAAUUGAUGAAAAAGAUGAUAGAAACACUGAAAAAUCAUCAAUCAUUGAAACUGAUUCAAUCAUUGAAGAUUUAAAUAUUAAUCAAGAUGAAUCUAAUAUUACAAAUGAAGAUGGUGGUAAAAUUGGUGAUUAUGAAUCUGAAUUAUUAUAUGAUCAUCAUCAACAAGGUGAUAGUGAAAAUAAUAAUAAUAAUAAUAAUAAUAAUAAUAAUAAUAAUAAUAAUAAUAAUAAUAAUAAUAAUAAUAAUAAUAAUAAUAAUACUAAUAAUAAUAAUGAACAACAAAUUAAUAAUAGUGAUACAGAAGGUGAUUCAGAUUCAAUUAAAUCAUCAAAUUCAAAUAUUUACUCUGAAAAGAAUAUUAAAUUAUCAAAAUUAAUGGUAUCAACACAACGUAAAGAGAUUAGAAGUAGAUUUAAAUUUGAAAAGAAUGGUUAUGAAUUGAAUAUUUUCUGUUCAUCUUAUUAUCCUGUACAAUUUCAUGCAUUACGUGAAUAUAUGUGUGGUGAUCAAGAGUUUAUUCAAUCAUUAACUCGUUCCAAAAUUUGGAAUGCUAAAGGUGGUAAGAGUGGAUCAUCAUGGAAUAAAACAUUGGAUGAUCGUUUCAUUCUAAAACAAGUUAGUAGAAUUGAAUUGGAAUCAUUCUUGGAUUUUGCACCAUUAUAUUUUGAAUAUAUUUGUAAAUCAUUUUUAAAUCAAAUUCCAACAGCACUUUGCAAGAUUUUAGGUGUUUUCACUGUACGUUGGAAGGACUCGAAUGGUAAAGCCUUAAAGAAAGAUCUCAUUGUAAUGGAGAAUCUAUUCCAUAGUAAAUGUAUCUCCAAAACUUAUGAUCUUAAAGGUUCAUUAAGAGGAAGAUUGGUCAAAAAUGAGUCUGAAGUUUUAUUGGAUGAAAAUUUAUUACAAGCUUCUUUUGCCUCUCCAAUUUGUUUAGGUGAAUAUGACAAAACUCGUGUUGCCUUGGCGGUUUGGAAUGAUACCGCUUUCCUUUCCUCUUUAAAUGUUAUGGAUUAUUCUUUAUUGUCUGGUAUUGAUAAUCAAUCGAAUCAAUUGGUAGUUGGUAUCAUAGAUUAUAUGAGAAAAUUCACAUGGGAUAAAGCAUUGGAAAUGAAAGUUAAACAAUCUGGUAUCAUGGGUGGUGGUGGUAAAGUUCCAACUGUCAUCUCUCCAAAACAAUAUAAACUUAGAUUCAGAGAUGCAAUGUGGUUAUAUUUUACACUUUCUCCUGAUAAAUUCACAAAAGUUAAACAUUUAAUGCCAUAUGAAAAAAAGAAAAAUAAUAAUAAUAAUUAUAAUUAUAAUAAUUUUAAUAACAAUAAUUUUAAUAAUAAUAAUAAUAUUAGUAAUAAUGGUAAUGGAAAUAUAAAUCAAAGACAAGUCCAACAAAUUAAUAAAUAA